AUGGUGUUCAGCUCCCUGUUGGCAUAUCUUGUGGCAGCCGCUCAGAUUGCUGCCGCCGUCAACUUCACCAUACCAAGCAGCGUGAAUGCGGACAGCCUCUCGUAUGCGCCUCUUGAGCCCGCCCCCGUCGGCUUGUCCUUCGAGUUCUUUACGUUUCCGUCGUACUUCGAUAACAUCACCGCAACACAGCAGUGUCUGUCCAACUUAAAGGACUUGACCGGCACUUGGCCUCCCAUCCGGAUCGGCGGUACUACUCAAGACAGAGCGUCGUAUGACGCAUCAUCGUCGGCAUAUGUCGUCUACUCGGUUUCGGACGCAGCGGAUGCGCCCUCGAAUCUCACGUUUGGUCCCAACUUCAUCAAGUUAGCCGCAACGUACGCCGGGAACGUCACCCUUGGCCUCAACAGAGGCAGAAACAACAUCAACAAUACAAUUUCAGCCGGCAAGGCCGCGGUACAGGAAAUGGCCAAUCUGUACGCCAUUGAGCUCGGAAACGAGCCUGAAUACUGGCAUGGAGUACAGCCCAUCGCGUCGGGUACAUGGAGCCCUGCUGCGGACGCAGAGUCUCAAGAUAGUUGGUCAAUUGCCUUCGGGGAUGCCAUUGGUAGGAAAAGCAUCAUACAGGCUGGAAACUCUAACAUCCCACCGCCGCAAUGGGGUGCCGAAGAGCUCAUCGGGAGCAGCAAUAGCACGGUCAGGGACUAUGUCAGAACUUACUCGCACCACAACUACCCCGGAGGCACAGUCACAAGCCUGAUGUCGCAUGCAAAUAUUGCAAGAAACAUCCACUUAUUUGAUGCCGAUAUUGCCAGCGCACUUGCAGUUCACAAGCCAUACGUCUUUGGAGAGACCAACUCAGUCGCGGGAGGCGGCGCAGCCAGUGUGUCUCCGACUUUCGGAGCAGCCCUCUGGGUCAUGGACUACUCUGUACGUCUUGCAGUCUCAAACGUCAGCAGGAGCUACUUCCACCAGGGGACGAUUGGCAAUAGCCCCUAUAGCUUUUUUGGAAGCUCUUCAAUAGGAACGCCUUAUGUCGGAGCCUACGCGGCAACUGCCUUCAUGGCGGGCGCUAAAUACUUAGCAGCCCUCGAUGACGGCACAUUGGCGUUUGCUGCGUAUGUCACAUUCGACAGUGAUGGCGCGCCCCUGCGUGCCUUGCUGUAUAACUCCAACUACUACAAUGGAUCAGGAAUUCGAAGUUCCGAGCUCUUUACCCUUAGUAAUUUGAGUGCAACGCUUGUUCAAUCUAAACGUAUCACUGCUGGGAGCGCAGAGGCGAGACAGGACCGCGGGGAUGCUGCUUUGUUUGGCCAGCAGCAUUUCAACAACAUAACGUGUACUAUUGGUGGCACAGAGACCUUCGAGAAGACAUUGGUCCUGGAAGGCCAGGCGGUGCUUGAAGUUGCUGCCAGCGAAGCUCUCUUGGUUUACCUCCAGUAG